CAGAUGAACUUCAUCCACCAGAGCUCCGCACUUGACAUCGGCAAGCUACUGGAAGGUGUGUCCCCACCGAGAGUCAUUCACGACGAUAUAUCGGUAAAAGACACGUCUGCGGCGCUGGACGAGCUCAUGCGCCGCAAGCCGCUGUACAACGUAUGGCAGAUCAUCUUCUUC